CAUAAAUGAAGAAACUGAAUUCGCAUUAACUUUUAAAAGCUGUGAUAGUGAAUUAAAUGGAUCUAGAAGUCGUGAUAGAGAUCGUGAUGGUAAACUAAGUGAAUCCAGAGGUCGUAAUAGAGGCUAUGAUGAUGAACCAAGUAGAGGUUAUAGUAGUGAUUAUGAUAGAGACCAUGGUGAUAAACUAAGUAAAAGUUGUGAUAGAGGUCGUGAUGUAUAG